CAAUGACGGUCGUAUCUAUUUGGGGCCUCCUGUCCCUAUGUACACCGUAUUUUUUGGCUUUCUUAGCCUUUAUUAUAGUUCAUGAGCAAAUAUCUUACCUUAGGAAGAAGCGUUUUCUUCCUGGUCCAACUCUAGUCGUCCCUUUCCUUGGCAAUGUCAUUCCCUUGGUCACAAAUCCCACCAAAUUCUGGCAAGUCCAAUCUUCAUUUGCCAAAUCUACCAAACAUGGCCUCUCAGCUAACUACGUUAUUUGUCGAUUCAUUCUCUAUAUCCGCUCUGCUGACUUGUCUCACAAGAUUUUCACCCAUGCACGUCCCCGUGCAUUCCAGCUUAUUGGUCACCCUUUUGGCAACAAGCUCUUCGGUGAGAAUAACUUGAUUUACAUGUCAGGUGAGAAACACAAAAACAUUCGCCGCCUAACCACCACUAAUUUCACCCCAAAAGCUCUUGCAACUUACACUGCUAUUCAACAAAAGAUUAUUAUCAAACACAUACAGUCCUGGUUGGAUGAAGCAUCUAAAUCACCUACCAAAUCAACCCCACUUCGCUUCCUCAUCCGCAACAUGAACUUGGAAACUUCCCAGACCAUAUUCGUGGGGCCCUAUUUGAAUAAAGAAGCAAGACAACGAUUCAACGUGGAUUACAAUUACUUCAACGUGGGAUUGAUGACAAUUCCUAUUGAUUUCCCUGGUUUCGCAUUCCGAAAAGCUAGGUUUGCACGCAACAGACUAAUCGAUACCCUUACUGUAUGCACGGAACAGAGCAAAAAUAAGAUGUUUCAGAGCAACCAAGAACCUACGUGCAUGAUUGAUUUUUGGAUGCAAGAAAAUUUAAAAGAGCUCAAUGGUUUACCAAAUCCACAUGUGUAUACCAACAAGGAACUCGGUGGUUACCUAUUUGAUUUUCUCUUUGCUGCACAAGAUGCUUCUACUUCUUCUCUAUUAUGGGCAGUUGCACUUUUGGAAUCUUACCCAAGUAUACUAGAGAAAGUCCGGACCGAAGUAGCAAAAUUUUGGUCAACGGAAUCUGACAAACCAUUGACCGGCGACAUGCUUAGGGAAAUGAAGUACGUUGAGGCGGUGGCGCGUGAGGUGCUUCGUUAUAGACCACCUGCACCUAUGGUUCCGCACCUCACAAGUGAAGAGUUCCGGUUAACAGAUGAUUACGUCAUCCCCAAGGGAACCGUUGUGUUCCCAUCGGUUACUGAUUCGUGUUUACAGGGAUUUCCUGAACCUGAAAAUUUUGAUCCUAACCGGUUUAUGGAGGAGAGACAGGAGGACCGGUUUUACAAGAGGAAUUUUCUUGUAUUUGGAGCUGGUCCUCAUGCUUGUUUAGGUCAGAGGUAUGCGAUUAACCUUUUGAUGCUCUUCAUUGCUAUAUUUACUGCAUUGAUUGACUUCAAGAGGCACAAAACGGAAGGUUGUGAUGAUACUUCUUACAUCCCCGCCUCUGCUCCCAAGGACGAUUGCAGAGUUUUUCUCUCAAAGCGACGUACAAGAUUUCCCUCUCUGUCUUGACCAUAUUGUUUGCACUUACGUACUUUUUAAUCUUUUACGGGUUGUUUGGGUUGUGAUGUUUACCUGUGUUCAAACUGUAUGGCACUAUACAUGUGUUCAUAUUGUAUUGUAUUGUAUUGUUAAUUCAAAUGAAAUGUUCUAUAUGUGGGAGUUGCUCAUCAAGUGAAUGUUUAACUAC